GAGCUUUCAUAAUAUCUUCUUUUGAACAAAAUUUACCUGGUGAAAGUCAUGGAUAAGCACCGCUAAUAUUUUAAAACAAGUUGAUUUCAUGCUUAUAUCUGGUUUUAUUGCCCCUUUGCCACCUUUAUGUGUUUCACUGUGCAUUCUAUAUACUUUAAAGAAUUGUUAUAAUAUAAUAAUUAUUGUAGAUGCUGUGAGCACACCUCUGCACCGAGUACGCUGAGAUUCAGUGAAGAAACGGCGAGUAAACUCAUGGAGUCAAAUCAUUAGGACAGUCCUCUCUCUCAUGCUCGCUGUUGAGCAGAGACUCAGGUCCUGUGACGGCUUUCCAUCAUUCUCUCUGAAGAAAAAAACAAUAAUGUUUUUUAUAACUCCGUUUCAGCUUGUUUGUCUUAAACAAGUAACUUCUGUACGGUUGAGUACAAGUUAAACUCAAUCAAUAGCAUUUGUUCCAUAAUAUUGAUUACAACAACGAAAAUCCAACGCUCCUCUAUUCUAGGUUAAGGAGGAACUUACAAUAGAAAUUGAUUUAAAAGUAGAAAUAUGAAGUUCAUAUUUUCUUCUUCAGUUUUCUCGUGUAUUAUUUGAGCUGUAAAGUUCUCGUUAGGUUUAACGUCGUUUUAGGGUUCACCGCGUUGUGUUUUUUUGGCAACAAAGGUUAAAAAUUGGAUAGAUCUAAAAAGGUUAGCAUGUAAUUAUUAUGAUUUAAUUUUUUUACACCAAAAUAAUGUUAACACACAUUUUGUGGUUCAGUUGACAUUUUUUCUAAUGUUAUUGCUUUCAUUCGGAGUUAUUUACACUUGUUAAAGUGAGUUGGGUUUUCAAGUCAAAGUCUCAAAAAACGAGUUGGACAAUGAGGGAGUAUUUCUGUGCCAAAUACACUCAACGUUUCAGAAAGGUGUUUUUUUUUGUAUGAUGUCAUAACGACGGAAUUCCUUAUAUGGGCACUUCUCCUGGAAGAGCGGGAACACAAAAGUGUGUUUUUUUUUUUUUAUCUUUCUUUUAUACAUCUGAUUAAACUAAAGACUCUUCGGAGAUAUGAAGGAUGCAGUACUACUCUAUAGGUCCUCAAGUUUAACAUGAGAUUGGGAGAGAGAGAGUGUGUGAGUGUGUUUGAACAUUUACAAAUUGGGCCCAUUCACUUUGAAGGUAAAUGCCUGUAAAAGGUAAAGAUUCACAAAAUUAAGUUUUAAUGAUUGUUCUCUGAGAAUAGUAAAGUCAACACCAUAUCUAUUACGAUAUCAUUGUGAUCACUUUAAAAACAAGUUUUUUUCAGCUGAUGAACUUUAAAAACAUUGACAAAAACCAACAAGAAUCCCCUUGACUUUAUGGCGAGCAAAUCUAUCAUCUCACUGUAAAUGGACCGGAACUCAGUAUUUGUAUAUAUUUAUUGCAUUUUUAAAGAAAAUGAGGGUAUGGAUAAACUAUCUGUUGUGGUAAUCAACAUUAAGCCACAAAUGCUUCAGAUCAAGCUGACAGUGGUUUUCAUCAGAAAGAGUGUAUCACCUGUAUUUGUGUCAGGAUCAGUGAAGGCAACAGGUGUGCAGUAGUCAUCUGUGUGCUGAUCUUUUCUUCUGUUCAUCAGUUCACAGAACAGCUCGUAUCCAGACACUGUCAUUUGUGGAGCUAUUAUUGAUGAUGGAAGUGAUAGUGAAUGCAUUUAAAGUGAACAUUACUGCAGGAAACUGAAGCAUGAUGUUUUUGUUUCAGAACCAGUUGAAAAACUGAAGGAAAUGGAUGUGCAUUGUGUUGAUGAAUUAUGUUCAUUUACAUUAUGUGGAACAAUACAGCAUGGACAUUCAUCCAAACAUCUCAUUUUGUGUCGCAGGGUUAGUAAAUAAUGACAGUUUUCGGGCGAGCCCUUUGAAGUGUUCAAACUGGUUUUUGCAACAUUGUAGCUGUUUUUUGAAAGUUUACUCGGUCUGACCAGAAUGACCAAGAUGGUCUAUCUCUAGCAGAUCAAAAACUGUCUAGCAGUUAUCCAGAGCAGUCUGAACCAACUAAAGACCAGUCAGUAACCAAGAAAACCAGCUUUGGGUUUGGCACAGAUGUGCACUUCUACCAUAUAUUAUCCUGCUCACACUGAUACUGUGUCUGAUUAGAUAUACUGGAAAAUAUCGGAGUAUGCUUCUGCAUAUUCAGAUAUUAUCUAAACCCACUUAUGGGUUCAUUAUGAACCCUCAGGAAGUGAGUUCAUAAACCCUUGUGAAGAAAAGAUCAUGUUGUGUUCUGGAGGACAGAAGAUGUUUAACUCGGGUAAACACUGCAGUCAUUGGAGAAGCUGCUGCAUCUAAUCAACCAGUAAAGCGGGUUAUUUAGCCUCCUCCCGGUGAUCUGUCCGUGUCCUGAGGGUGUAAUCUGAAGCCUGUUGUACAGUGGGUUGCGGCAGCAGAAAGUCACUGCAGUCCUCGACGCGCGUUCAUCAUGUUUUGACCAUAGACUGACGCGUGGCGUCUUGAAAUGUCGCAAUGCUCGAGGAUCAGAACCCGCUAGCGCGUGGGGAUCGUAGAAGCGCAGAAUGCAUGUUUGCGAAAGCUUCCUGGUUCUCGUGUGAAACACCAUCUGCGAAACGCGAUCUCUCGGGACGCGACGCAAGGGGCAUUGUUUCGCUAACAGCUCCUUUUUUGGACGCGCGCAGAACGCGUCUUCCGCCCGUGCUGGCUGUCGUCGAGCCGGUGGGUGACCGUGCGUGGAUACGAUCAUGUGGCGGAGCGGAUGCUGGACGCGGGCGCGAUGUCAGGACAGCGGGGUCGAUCCGGAGCGCGAGCGGCUCUGGGCCGAGCUCUUCGAGCAGCUGGAUCUGAACAAGAACGGACUGAUCGAUGUGAACGAGCUGCGGGUCGGACUCGCCGCCCGGGGGCUGUCGUGGAGCUCGGUGGAGGAGCAGAUUGUACGAGCUGGAGACAUUAAUCUCGAUGGUCAGCUGGAUUUUGAAGAGUUCACAGAGUAUCUGCGAUCCCACGAGAAACGCCUUAAACUCAUGUUUCGCAGCUUGGACCGCAACAACGACGGUCAGUUGGACGUGGGGGAGAUCCAGCAGUCGUUACACAAUCUCGGCGUGGACGUCACGUUGGAGCAAGCUGCCAAAAUACUGCAAAGGUGCGUGUGUUACUUAGCAUAUGUGCAAAGUGCUUUCAGGCGUGAUUCAGUUGUGACAUGCAGAACUUGUGAAAUGUGUUCCCACAGUAUGGAUAAAGACCAUUCCUUGACCAUCGACUGGUUCGAGUGGCGAGAUCACUUCCUGUUUAACCCUCUGCACAACAUGGAGGAAAUCGCUCAGUACUGGAAACACUCGGUGAUGUUGGACAUCGGAGAGCUCCUGACGGUCCCAGACGAGUUCUCGGAGAAGGAGAAGCAGUCAGGGUACGUGUGGCGGCAGCUGAUGGCAGGAGCUGUGGCCGGAUCGGUGUCCAGGACAGGAACCGCGCCGCUCGACAGACUCAAGGUGUUUCUGCAGGUGCACGGCCAGAGCUCUGAUAAGGGGACUGUGUGGCGCGGUCUGCAUGCGAUGGUGAAGGAGGGCGGCCUCACUGCGCUGUGGAGGGGGAACGGCAUCAAUGUGCUGAAGAUCGCACCGGAGACAGCCAUCAAAUUCCUGGCCUAUGAACAGAUUAAGUGCUUGAUGAGAGGCAGAAAUGAAGGAGGAACUCUGAAAGUUCAGGAGAGGUUCGUGGCUGGAUCACUGGCUGGAGCGACGGCUCAAACUGUCAUAUACCCAAUGGAGGUGCUGAAGACUCGUCUCACUCUUCGUAAAACAGGACAGUAUUCGAGUGUGGCGCACUGUGCUAAACAGAUCCUGCAGAAGGAGGGCGUUCUGGCAUUUUAUAAAGGAUACUUGCCCAACAUGCUGGGCAUCAUCCCGUAUGCGGGCAUAGACCUCGCCGUCUACGAGACGCUGAAGAACGCCUGGCUGCAGCGGCACACGGAGGGAUCUCCCGAUCCGGGCGUCCUGGUGCUGGUGGGCUGUGGCACGGUGUCCAGCACCUGCGGACAGCUGGCGUCCUAUCCACUCGCCCUCAUCCGAACACGCAUGCAGGCGCAGGCGUCAGUGAAGGGAGCUCCUCAGCUGUCCAUGCUGACCCUCUUCAGGAGUAUCGUGGCCCAGGAGGGUGUGGUGGGACUCUACCGAGGCAUCGCGCCCAACUUCCUCAAGGUCAUCCCGGCGGUCAGCAUCUCCUACGUCGUCUACGAACACAUGAGGAAAGUACUGGGAGUGGGAACCUGAGACAGCUCAUGUGUGUGUAGAAAAGACUACAACAAUCAUAUCCGGACAAGAGAGGUCAAAGACUUGUUUAUUUAAGCCUAUAAUAUAUUCAAUCACUGGAGUGAUGUUCACCAAAAACAGUGGAUGUGAGGAAGAACAAUGAACUGAACCCAAACACUGAAUUAUGCAGAAUGUAAGAGGUGCUGUUCUGACCCUUUCCUGAAUUACUGAGGUUCAUGAUGUGCUCUCCGUGUGUGUUGUUGGUCAACAGGGCCCUGAUAUUCAGAUAUUCAGGGUACGGCCCUCUGGAUGUGGUAAAAUGAAUGCUUGCGUGUGUGAGACUGUGUGAGCAUGUGCUGUACUGUACUCUGUGUUUAACCCUGUGCACACUACUGAACUCCAAACGGGAAUGGGCAAUAAACUAACUUCCUCCUUUUGAACUUCCA